AUGGCCCUGCGCACUGGGACGGCUUGGUUUGGGCAAGUCCUGCGUAGAGUUUCCCGGCUGCAGGGCACCUGGUCCAGGCGCUCCAGCAGCCUCCUGUGCCUGUCGUCCUCCCAGGAGCCCGAGCAGGGAGGCGGGGAGCAGCCGCCCCGGAGCCUUGGGAGCAGCCGCCGCCGCCCCCUGCAGCUGCCCCCCUGCUGCCUGCAGCUCCCCCCGGCCAGCUGCCGCUGCUGCACCCUGUCGGAUCCCCGGACGGCCAGGGGGGGACAUGGUCCCCGCACUCGCCCCUUGCUGGCGGCCAUGAAGAGGCAGAACGUGCGGACCCUGUCCCUGAUCAUCUGCACGUUCACCUACCUGCUGGUCGGGGCCGCCGUCUUUGAUGCCCUGGAGUCCGACAACGAGAUGCGGGAGGAGGAGAAGCUCAAAGCCGAGGAGAUCCGGCUCAAAGGGAAGUACAACAUCACCAGCGAGGACUACCGGCAGCUGGAGCUGGUCAUCAUGCAGUCCGAGCCCCACCGGGCCGGGGUCCAGUGGAAAUUCGCGGGCUCCUUCUACUUUGCCAUCACAGUCAUCACGACUAUCGGUUAUGGACAUGCUGCCCCAGGGACGGAUGCCGGGAAAGCCUUUUGCAUGUUCUACGCUGUCCUGGGGAUCCCACUGACGCUGGUCAUGUUCCAGAGCCUGGGCGAGCGCAUGAACACCUUUGUCAAGUACCUCCUGAAACGGAUCAAAAAGUGCUGCGGGAUGAGGAGCACUGAUGUGUCCAUGGAAAACAUGGUCACUGUGGGUUUCUUCUCCUGCAUGGGAACCCUCUGCAUUGGAGCAGCAGCCUUUUCCCAAUAUGAGGAGUGGAGCUUUUUCCAUGCUUACUAUUACUGCUUUAUAACAUUGACUACGAUAGGGUUUGGCGACUAUGUGGCCCUGCAGACCAAAGGGGCCCUCCAAAAGAAGCCACUCUACGUGGCUUUUAGCUUUAUGUACAUUCUAGUGGGGUUGACAGUCAUUGGGGCAUUUCUAAAUCUGGUUGUUCUCAGGUUCUUAACCAUGAACAGUGAGGACGAGAGACGGGAUGCCGAGGAGCGGGCAUCCCUGGCAGGGAACCGCAACAGCAUGAUUAUUCACAUUCAAGAGGACGCCCAGCAUGUUCGGCCACGGUACAAGGCCGAAGUAACAGACCUUCAGUCAGUUUGUUCCUGCAUGUGUUACAGGUCCCAUGAGUACACCAGCCGGAUGGUGUCUCACCAAAAUUCGUUCAGCUCCAAGCUGAAUCCUCAGUACUUUCACUCCAUCUCUUACAAGAUAGAAGAGAUCUCACCAAGCACAUUAAAAAACAGCCUUUUCCCAUCUCCUGUUAGCUCCAUCUCACCUGGGUUGCACAGCUUUACAGAUAACCACAGGCUGAUGAAAAGGCGAAAGUCCAUUUAAAGUGAUUUGUCUUCUUUUGCUUUACUUGUUUUCCCCAAUUACCUUUUUUGUUUCUUGAGUGAGACGGAGCGAGGCCAAAGGGAAUAGAAAAAGCCAGUCCUCCUCUGA